AUGGAGUCAUUGGGCUUAGAUCUGCUGGGCCUGAUUGCCUCUGCCUCUGCCUUCUCCUCUCGGGCCACCGUCAGCACCACUGAGCUCAUCUGUGCCGUCCUUGACAUCCAGCCCAGUAUUGCCGAUGCCGUUUUUGCUCUGCUACCCGUCUCGAGCUCCUCGCGCUCCUUGCCCCGACCGAGCCAUCCGGUCUACAACAAGUUCAAGCUGAUCACCCGGAAGAACCACCACGAGUCAGAAUUUGCCUUCGACGAGCAUGGCCUGGUUGCCGAUGCGACAAAUCAGACUCAGUAA